GAGGGCACGUUCCUGCUCACUCUGCCUACAAGUCCUCACAGAGGGCAUACAUUACCCGUAGCCACUCUCCCAGUGUAUCAAAGCAAGAUGGCAGCUGUUGUUGAGAAUGUUGUGAAACUGUUGGGAGAACAGUACUACAGAGAUGCCAUGGAACAGUGUCAUAACUACAACGCCCGGCUCUGUGCUGAGAGAAGUGUCCGCAUGCCCUUCCUAGACUCUCAGACUGGUGUGGCUCAGAGCAACUGCUACAUCUGGAUGGAGAAGAGACACAGGGGACCAGGCAUGGCUCCAGGGCAGCUCUACACCUACCCUUCAAGACGGUGGAGGAAGAGAAAACGUUCUCAUCCUCCCGAAGACCCUCGGCUUAUCUUUGCUCCUGUCAAGUCAGAGGUGGAGGUAGGUGUGAAGAAGGACACUGUGUUGUCAGCAGACGGCAGCAGCCUUGAGGCUUUGCUGAAAGGGGACUCUUUGGAGAAACGGACAGCUGCAGACAUCCGAGGGUCUGAGGAGGAUUCAAACCAGAGUGACUACACUGGAGGCCUGAACCCUGCUACCAGGAUCAGAAAGAGAAUCAUUGAACAAGAUGACUUCCUAGACGACCUGGACGACGAAGACUACGAGGAGGACACGCCUAAAAGAAGAGGAAAAGGGAAGGGGAAGGGUCGAGGCGUUGGUAGCACCAGGAAGAAGCUGGACACGGCAGCGCUGGAGGACAGAGACAAACCGUACGCGUGUGACAUUUGUGGGAAGCGCUACAAGAACCGUCCUGGCCUGAGCUACCACUACACCCACUCCCACCUGGCUGAAGAAGAGGGGGAGGAGAAGGAAGAGAUGGAGAUCAGCGAGCCUGCGCUGCCUCUGCCCAGUGAGCCCAAAACUCCGAAGAAAGGUCCAGAUGGCCUCGCGCUGCCUAAUAAAUACUGUGAUUUCUGCCUGGGAGACUCCAAAACCAAUCACAAGACGGGCCAGUCAGAGGAGCUGGUGUCCUGCUCUGACUGUGGACGCUCAGGCCACCCCUCCUGCCUGCAGUUCACGCCUGUCAUGAUGGCCGCAGUGAAGACGUACCGCUGGCAGUGCAUAGAGUGCAAGUGCUGCAACAUGUGCGGCACCUCGGAGAACGACGAUCAGCUUCUGUUUUGUGACGACUGUGAUAGAGGUUAUCACAUGUACUGUCUGAACCCACCCAUGGCUGAACCUCCAGAGGGGAGCUGGAGCUGUCAUCUAUGUCUGGACCUUUUGAAAGACAAGGCGUCCAUAUACCAGACCCAGAAUGCGCCACAGUCGUGAUGGUCACCCCUCUCUCCUCUGCACCCAACUCAUCACUCAACCGUCCCUGGCAGUUAAUGUUUACCCUGAAAGAUCGAUGACAAACUCCUCUGACGAGCUGAUCACGGAGGGCGCGUGAUCAGGACAGACAAUUAAGCGUGAAAAGGGAAGAAUCCCUUACCAACCAACUGGGCCUCACUUAGCUUCAGAUAUGAUUGUUGCACACAGUUCCAAGCUCAGAUUCUGACCCGCUUAGUUUUUAUUUUCAACCUUUUUUGUCCCGCAGCCAACUUGUAAGUUAUGAGUUUAAAAGAUUCAAAGCCUCACAAGCCAAAAUUUGACUUCCUGUUAGGUUUUUUUUUUUACACGUAUGCCUACACAAAGAUGCUUAAAGCUCUGUACUGAUGUUUGGACAAGAGCAGAAAUAGAGCUUGGAAUCACGUAGCAUGCCUGUGCUUGCUAUCAAAACAGAGACAUUUUAUAAUAUUUAUAUAUUUCUAUGGUAUAUAAUAGUGUUAAGUAUGUACAAAUUGGAAAGAAGAUUGGUCAUGAAAUGAUCGUUUUAUUAGUGCCCAUCUUAUCAUUUAAAAAUGUAUAACCACGUGUUCUUUCAUGGCGCUACUGAUCUUUGAAGUUUUGCUUGAUAGAGUCAGAGGGAUCUGCUGGGACUGUAAAUGAUAUUUAUCUCCUCCACUGCCACCUGUCACUACGAUGAACUUAUCAAAGUGGCUCCAGGGGGGCUGGAGGAUUUUAGGGGAGGUUUGACUUGUGGCUGAACCAGCUGCACAGAGAUCAAGAAGUUGACAUGAGCAUGUUUCCCUCAGGCUUAGGGGCCUUUUUUUGACAAAUCUGCCUCUCUCUCUGGUCUUGAAGACUGCAAAGAUGCAUAGCAGGCAUGAUGCUGAAUCUUGACUGAAAAGAUUUUUUUCAAUCUGCUCACCUGGUCUCUGUAGACAGAUAUGAUAAUGUUGCGUUGUUGAUGAUGAUGAUGAUGAUGAUGGUUAUUCCCAUCAAAUAAUGAAUAAAUCCUAUUUUUAUUUUCAAACAGGUAAAGGGGGUAAAUCACCUUCAUUGCUGUGUUCUGGCUGUUUGACUAUCAUGCAUCAUAUCCAGUAACUUUUAAUGUUGUGACACCACUAGAUUUAUUUAAUGUAACUGACUUCUACGCCACCUUGCAGAUGGUCACAUGCUGACGAUGUUAAAGCAAUAUAUGAACUCCUGUAGGAUGCUGGGAUGACAGGGACUGAUGGCAGUCGCUCUCAGCUCUGCGGGCAGAUGAUGUGCGAUACUAAAAACAUUCUAUUACAGAUUGCGGACUGUGGCAGCAAUUAUGGAUGCCUCCAUAUUGUAAAAAAAAAGAUUAUAAUGUGUUGAUGUGCAGUCCUAUGGAGAACCGGCUCUCUUUGUUACUGCUUGUGUAGAUUUAUUAUGCAAUGGUUUCCUUCUGUGGCAAGGCUACAAGAAAGAGUUUGUCUGAACUGCUGAAGCAGUUACUUUACCUCAAACAGAAGCAGUAUUUAAGGGAUUGAAACAUGCUGUUGAAAGAUGGGACAAAGGCAGCGAGAUGAAUAGUAAUGAAAUGUGCAGUGUCUGCUUCAAUAACUGCAUAUUCUACUGGUAAACAAGUGCAUGCUCAGUAAUUGUCUGCACUCUCUUAUACUAUGUAGUCAUGUCAGCAUCAGGUCGGCGAAGGUGAUGGGAAGUGGUGUAGUAUAAAUUAACCAUGCUAUCAUGUUGUUUCAAUAGCCAACUAACAAUUACUAAAGCAUUACACAAGUAUAACUUGGUUUAUUUUCUCAUCACGUGUAAACUUACUUCUUUAGAGACUGUGGCUAUUAGAAUAUUUUGCUGGUUGUUUUUGUAUUCAUGGAUGAUGUUUGCGUACUUGAUGUGUGGGACAUUUCGGGACUUAAGUGGAUGUUGCUUUCUAGGUAAUCCUGUGAUCCAGUUCUCAAUCGAGCUGCUCUCCACCAAAGCUUGAAACGAGAAGCAAAGCUCAUAAUGUGAUUAAGAGGCAAAUAGUAGAUUUGCACCUGUGACACUGAAUAGUUAGGUAAUGAUGGACCCAGUAUCCAACUUCAAGGCUUUACUAGGAAUAGAGCCAUAAAUAAAAAGUCCACCUGUUGUUUGUAAAAACAUUUGAAUUAUCACUUUAUGGUCUCAGUUUCCAGCUUUGGGGGAGAGCUGUUCAUGAUGGCAGCGGAAGUUUAGAGCCAGAUCAUAGGUUUACUGAGCAGGUGAAUUCUCUUAGGGUGGACUUUCAUUUGGGUUGUGAUGGAAUGUUUUAUUGUAAGAAACUUAUCUUCAGGAAAAUAAAAUACUAGGCACUAUA